AUGCUCAUGUCUACCAAUCAAUUCUUUGGUACAUUACUAGCCUUGCUGGCAGCCACAGCAUUCGUCGCUAAGGUUCUUAGUGGGUUCCUGCCUCAUUUUUUGACUGCUCCACCAGCGCAAUGGAGAUUAAGAGUAAAUAAGGCCAUCAAGGGUGCAGAGGACACGACAGGUAAGAUCCCGGCCAUGAACUUCGGCUGGAAAACCGGAAGCGUUAGGCGGCAACUAAUUUUAGCUUCAUAUAAACCAUCUGCUUACAGCAAUGAAGGUUUUGAAUCCAAGAUCCAAGUGGGUGUUGAGGACCGCAAAAACCGAGAGUCAUUUAUCAACCGCAUGGUGCCGCAUAACAGAAAUUACAAUCGGAUUAUAUACGGAUACUUUCAUCCUUACUGCAACGCAGGUGGGGGUGGUGAGAAAGUUCUUUGGAAAGCGGUUGAAGCUACACUACAAAGAGAUCCCGAAGGUGUCGUAGCUGUUUACAGCGGCGACAACGAUGUAUCCGGCGCAGAAAUCCUCAACAAUGUUACAAAGAGAUUUGAUUAUAAACUCGACAGCUCUAGAAUUGUAUUCGUUUUUCUGAAGAGAAGACAUUUGGUCGACCCUAUAACCUGGCCCAGGCUCACGCUUUUGGGACAAGCAUUGGGAUCUGUCAUUCUAGCUAUUGAAGCACUGUACCAACUUACACCAGACGUUUGGUGCGAAACUAUGGGGUACCCGUUUACGUAUCCCGUUGUCCAUUGGUUCGCCAGGAUCCCGAUCAUAACUUACACCCAUUAUCCUGUGAUAUCAUCAGACAUGCUAGAGAAGCUUGUGUUAACUCCUGGGUUCAAAACCAAUCUGAAACUCAAGAUCAAAUACUAUUAUUGGAGACUUUUCAUGAUGUUUUAUCGAUUUACGGGAAACUAUGUCGAUAUCGCGACAACAAAUUCUACUUGGACUCAAAGACACAUCAGUCAAAUUUGGCCUAGUAGUGUAAAAAGAAUAAUAUAUCCUCCGUGUUCGACAGAAAACCUAGUUUUUGAAGAAAGCUCGGAUUUGUGGUCGAGACAAAAUCAGGCAGUAAUUAUUGCUCAGUUCAGACCUGAAAAAAGGCACAAACUUAUCAUUCGCUCAUAUGCUGCUGCUUUGAAAGAAUCUGCUCCUGAAAAUCAAUCGAAGUUACCCAAAUUGAUCUUUAUUGGAUCUACCAGAAGUCAAAACGACCGUGAUUAUGUUGAGGAGCUAAAAGAGUUAACCUUCAAAAACUGUAAAAUUCCCGAGGAUAUGGUACAGUUUCAAACCGAUUGCGAUUAUGAAACGAUGAAAAAACAUCUACAAAAUUCAACGUAUGGGAUCAAUGCAAUGUGGAACGAGCAUUUUGGUAUUGCUGUCGUUGAAUAUGCUGCAUCUGGGUUAAUACCCUUGGUACAUGCAUCGGCCGGCCCAUUGCUAGAUAUUGUUGUACCGUGGAAUCUGAAAGCCAAUAAGCAGGUCCUUGAAGCAACCGAGGAGAAUAGGACCGGGUUCUUUUUUAAAGAUCCGAGCGAUCCUGAUUUCGCCAAAGGGGAGAGCGAUAACUACAAUACUCUGGGAGGCACAUUUUUAGAAAUUACCAAACUAACUGCGGAGGAAAAGAUUGACAUUUCGCAAAGAAGCAAGCAAUGCGUAUUAAAUAAGUUUUCCGACGAAACUUUCGCGGAGAAGUGGAAUGAAGUGCUCAACGAUCUAUAA